AUGGCUCUUAUUCUUCCAAUUAAGCUUUCAUUCUCAUUCCUUUUACUCUUUGUCAUGAAUCCAUUUUCCUUUGUUGUGUCAAGAUCCAUAGAAGCCUCUGAACAUGCAUUCAUCAAAACACUCAAAAACCUCGAGGGAGUUCACAAGGGACAAACGACAAAAGGCGUUAACGAACUCAAGAACUACCUCAAAAAAUUUGGCUACCUAACAAACGACCAAUAUUAUUCAAACGACUACUUCGACGAAACCGUUGAGUCUGCUCUAAAAAACUACCAAACAUACCAUAACCUACACGUCACCGGUCACAUAGACACCGCAACGAUAGAGAGAAUGAGCCUCCCACGUUGUGGAGUGGCUGAUAUAAUGACCCGCCAUAAACGUAACGGGUUGGUGACGGUUGCAAACUAUACCUUCUUCCCAGGGUCACCAACAUGGGAAGACUCAAAGAGGGCACUUACGUACACUUAUAAGUCAAGCGCUAACGUGUUAAGCAUAGACAUGGUGAGGGAAGCAGUGGAGAGUGCCUUUCAAAGUUGGUCAAAGGUCACUGACUUCACGUUUACCGAAAUUGAGAGUGAGGAUGACCCAGUUGACAUAGUCAUAGGGUUCCACCGUGGAGACCACGGUGAUGGGUAUCCUUUUGAUGGGCCGGGCCAGGUUCUGGCCCAUACUUUUGCCCCGGAAGAUGGGAGAUUGCAUUGUGAUGCUGAUGAAAAAUGGACCAAUAACCCAAAUGGUUCGAGGAGAAGAAAGCCCAGUGGCUUUGAUUUGGAAACAGUGGCUUUGCAUGAAAUAGGUCACCUUAUUGGUCUUGGACAUAGUAGCAACCCUGACUCAGUUAUGUUUCCCAGUUAUGGAGGUGUAAGAAGGGAUCUACGGCAAGAUGAUGUAGAUGGCAUACAUGCUCUAUAUGGGUAUAACUAG